AUGCAAGUACACUUGCCUGAAUCCCCCCCAAAAAAAAACAGGCUCGAGAGCUGCCUCGUCCUUGUACCGCCGAUCCUCGCCGCGUGCGAGCGGGGCCGCGCCUGGCGCUCUGCCGGCCAGCUGCUCGCGGACCUCCGGCGCGCGCGCACGGCGCCGGGCGCGGUGGCCUCGCAGUGCGCCGCGCGGGCCUUUGGCUUCGCCGGGGGCCAUGCCGCCGCGGCCCGGGCCGCCUCGGAGGCCGACGCACCGCCCGCGCGGCUGAGCCCGGCCGACCGCAGGGCGGUGUGGAGCGCCACCGUGUGGGCCUUCGAGGUCUCCGCCGCGCCCGCCCCGCCGUGCCGGUCGCCCGCGACCGCCGCCGGCGUCGUGAGCGUCGCGGAGGCGGUGCGCAGGUACUGCCCCGUCCAGGGCCCGGCUGCUGCGCAGGGCGGCGGCCCGUAG